AUGUCCGCCCGACUCGACCACGAGGCGUUUCCCCUUCACAAAGCUGCAUUUUUCAAUGACACGCAUUCGAUCGUCCAACUGCUCCGCGCCGGAAGGAGUCUAUCCGAAAAGGACAUGCACGGUAACACGGCACUUCACAUUGCGACGAUGCUCGGGCACCGGGAAGCGAUUUCUAUUCUGCUCUCCAACAAUGCACCGGUUAGAAUAAAGAAUAUCGACGGAUGGAAUCCAUUGAUGGAGUCUGUUAGCUACGGAGACAGACAGAUUAGUGAGUUCUCAGCAUUUGCUUGCAUUUUUCCUAAUCCUCUUUUAUUUUUCAGUCACCGAAAUGUUACGAAAACUGAAGAGCCAGACGAGUGAGAAGUUGGCACGCGGGAAACCGCAUCUCAUGAAAAUGUUCAAAGACCUCGGUGACUUUUACAUGGAGUUCAAGUGGGAUUUCCAGUCGUGGAUACCUCUCCUCUCUCGCAUCCUCCCCUCCGAUGUCUGCCUCAUUUACAAGAAGGGCAACCUGCUCAGAAUGGACACGACUCUGGCCGAUUUCAGUGAACGCAACUGGGAACGCGGAGACAUAACAUUUCUGUUCAACGUGGACGCCCCUCCUGGAGAGCAACUGGUUGUGAUGGACAACAAGACAAAAGUAUUCCAGCGAGGACGAAGGGAACAGUCAGAAGCAGAAAUAGACGAGGAAGUUGAUGUACUCAUGUCGACGGACAUUGUCAAUGCGCACAUGUCGACAAAGACCGUCGGUUUCAAGCAAGCCUACUCUGGAUGGGUGUUCAAACACGCGAGAGAAGGGCAGAUGGGCGACUUCCCAGUCAAUUUCUACAGUGUCGAAGGGCUGAAACUUACGAGUAGAAAGCGAAGAGAGCAUCUGACGAAUGACGAUGUCAAGAAGAACAAGUCUAUACUGCACAGUCUGACUAGCGGGAAUGUUGUCAAUGAUGACGAGUUUACUGUGAGUUUCAAACAAUUCAGAACCAAUUAUUCUAAAUUUGUUAUUUGCAGAGUCUUCAACACCGGAAAUCUCUGCCUCCACCUGGUCGACUGCCAACCACGUGGGAAGAGUAUUCUGGAGCAGCUCCAGGGGCCCCACCUCAAAUGGGUCGCCACAAAUUGUGAAAACCAACGAGAAGCAGUUCAAGGCACUUGUGGGGAUGAGCGAGGAGUUCCCGCUCUCUAUCGAAGUGCUUGUUGAUAUUCUGGAAGUGGUGGCUCCGUUCAAGCAUCUAGACAAACUGCGACGCUUCUGCUCGGCCAGACUUCCACCUGGAUUCCCAGUUUGUGUUGGUAAGUGUUCAAUAUGCGCUGGGCUAUGAAAUCGUUGUUUUUUCAGAGAUUCCUCUCCUGGCAACGAUCGCUGCGAAAGUGACGUUCCAAAAGUUCCAAUUUACGAAUGACAUCCACGACAAGAUGUUCACAAUCCCGACGUCGUAUCGUGAAGACCCGACGCGCUUCCCUGAUCUGUAA